ACGCUGCACCGGAACUGGCCUGUGAGCUGGAGCUUCUGCAGGGAGUCUCCUCGCUAUUCGCCUCCUCUCUUUCCCUUCGGCUGCUUCUCCGACCUCGCUUAGGAGCUUUUUACCCGUUUAUUUUUUUUUAUUUAGUACAGGGAAUGUAGAAUGGCUGUGGCGUUUGGGAAGCUUGUCGUCGGCACGUAUGUGGAAAUAAAGCGCAGUGAUGGACGCAUACACGAGGCGAUGGUGACGUCCCUGAACGAGGACAACGAGAGCGUCACGGUGGAAUGGAUAGAGCACGGAGACACAAAAGGGAAAGAGAUUGAUUUGGAGAGUAUAUUUACACUUAACCCAGAUGUGGGUCCAGACGAAGAGAUUGUCCAGAGUCCAGAGACUCCUCCUCCGAUAACCGGUGUGAAGGUCAAUAAAAUAGCAAAGAAUCGUGGGACGAUAGCACCUUCGAAGAUUGACACUCCAUCCAGGGACAGUAGAGUAAUUCCGACUCAGGCCCGACUCCAUCCGUCUCAACAUGCUGAGUCAACAGUGGUCCCUCUAUUGCAGCAGGCGCAGCCCCCCCAGGCUCCCACACAGCAGCAGCUGCAGAAUGAAUCUUUACACCCGCCGCUAACCAGAAAGGAGAUUGGACAACUUUCUCGGAGGAAGUCAAACUGUGUGAAGGAGGUGGAGAAACUGCAGGAGAAAAGGGAGAAGCGUCGGCUUCAGCAGCAGGAGCUGCGGGAAAAGAGGGCUCAGGAGGUGGACACCACCAUUCCUAAUUAUGAGAUCAUGUGCAUGAUUCGAGAUUUCCGUGCAAGUCUAGACUACCGACCUCUGACCUCAGCAGAUCUGAUCGAAGAACAUCGAAUAUGCGUAUGUGUGAGGAAACGUCCGCUGAAUAGAAAAGAGCUCACCAUGAAGGAUUUAGAUGUGAUAACCAUCCCCAGUAAGGACGUGGUGAUGGUCCACGAACCUAAACAGAAGGUAGACCUGACUCGCUUCCUGGAGAACCAAACCUUCCGCUUCGACUACGCCUUUGACGACGCCACCGCCAAUGAGAUGGUUUACAGGUUCACUGCCAGACCGUUAGUGGAGACCAUCUUUGAGAGGGGCAUGGCCACGUGCUUUGCCUAUGGGCAAACAGGAAGUGGUAAAACUCAUACAAUGGGUGGUGAUUUUUCUGGGAAGAACCAAGACUGCUCUAAAGGAAUUUAUGCAUUGGCUGCCCGGGAUGUAUUUCUCAUGUUGAAGAAACCCAAUUACAAGAAAUUAGAGCUACAAGUGUAUGCAACCUUUUUUGAAAUCUACAGUGGAAAGGUAUUUGACCUCCUGAAUCGCAAAACUAAACUGAGGGUACUGGAAGACCGAAAACAGCAAGUGCAGGUUGUGGGGCUUCAGGAGAAGGACGUUAAGUGCACAGAUGAUGUCCUGAAACUCAUAGAAGUGGGCAACAGCUGCAGGACAUCGGGACAGACAUCAGCCAACGCCCACUCGUCUCGCAGCCACGCCGUGUUCCAGAUCAUUCUUCGGAGGAAAGGCAAGCUUCACGGCAAGUUCUCCCUCAUCGACCUGGCCGGGAACGAGAGGGGCGCCGAUACUUCAAGUUCUGACCGGCAGACUCGCCUGGAGGGUGCCGAGAUCAACAAAAGCCUGCUGGCCCUCAAGGAGUGCAUCAGGGCUCUCGGCCGCAACAAGCCACACACUCCAUUCCGAGCUAGUAAACUCACCCAGGUCCUGCGGGACUCCUUCAUUGGUGAAAAUUCCCGUACGUGCAUGAUUGCAACAAUCUCUCCUGGUAUGACGUCCUGCGAGAAUACACUCAACACGCUCCGCUACGCCAACAGAGUGAAGGAGUUUGGGAUUAGUCCGUCAGACAUCCCCUUCUCUCAGGGUGGUCAGGGGAGUCGCACUGAGCACUCUCCCACCAAUACCUUUGAGUACGAUGACUUUGCUGCUACUCCCCCCGGCAGGGUGAAGGAACUUACCGUGGACCACAACCAGGUGAUGGAGGGAGGCCGUGCCAACAUCCACACAGUCAACCAGCUGGACUUUAUAGACGAGGAAUGGCAGAACAGUUCGCCGCAGAGAGAUGACCUCAAGCUGCUCUGUGAGCAGAACGAGGAGGAAGUGUCUCCUCAGCUCUUCUCCUUCCACGAGGCUGUCUCUCAGUUGGUGGAGAUGGAGGAGCAGGUCCUUGAGGACCACCGGGCUGUUUUCCAGGAGUCCAUUAGGUGGCUGGAGGACGAGAAGGACCUCUUGAAGAUGACAGAAGAGGUGGAUUACGAUGUAGAAUCAUAUGCCACUCAGCUGGAGAAGAUCCUGGACCAGAAGAUAGACAUCCUCACUGAGCUCCGAGAUAAAGUGAAAUCAUUCCGCUGUGCUCUUCAAGAGGAGGAGAAGGCCAGCAAGCAGAUCAACCCUAAGAGGCCACGUGCUCUUUAGUGAGACUGAAGAGGUGGAAAGAGAACCACUAGACGGAUGUUUGUCUGUCAAAGUACAAACAAAAGGACUGGCCUUCCCAACAGGCUCAAACAUUUGCAACUGUUAUGAUGACUCUUCAUCGAAAUUGACUGUGUUGCUAUGGUUAUUUAGGAAGAACACAUGGGAAAGGAAAUAGUUCAUUUCGUUUUUUCAUGGGGAAUGUUUAGUUGUUUAACUAUUCUCCUUAAAUUAUUUUCUUUAAUACUUGUUUGUACUUUUCAAACAGUUUUUUGACAUGGUUUGUCACACAAAACCAGCGUUUGAUUUACGGUUGCCCCGGCUAACAUGUACAGUCUGCAUGUGCACUAAUGUUAAGGCAUCAUUAUUUUUGUCACUAUAUAGUCACGUCUGAAAUGCAGUCUCCAUAAUUCCACUUUUGACUCAUGAGGAAGACGCAGCAGUGCAAAAUGCUUCUUCCUCGAGUGUCCCUGAAAGACAUUUUUACGUGUCGCUCACUUUCAUUUGUGCCAUUAGUUUCUAAACUUACAGUCAGCAUUUUUUCCAUCCCUGUUACAAUUUGUUCUAAAAACAACUGGAAAGGAAAAACAACAAUAAAUGUAAAUGGUGAAAAACACUAAAGUUGAGUUUUGUGGCAUAGUGGAAAAGAUGUCCCUAAGGAGCUUCAGGGAGCUAGCUAGCUAAACCAGAUUGUGGCAGCGUUUCUACUUUCAGAACCUGGAUUUCAUACCUCUAAUCUUUACAAACAAGUCCAUUAUGCUCUGUGACAUUAGAAACUCAAUAUGAGUUCUUGACGUAUCUUUUAUUUACAAUUAGAAAUUUCUAAAAGGGCUCUAGAUGAAAGAAAUACUUUAGUCUUUGACUUGUGGAAUACCAAUCACUGGUGUUUCUUCCUGGCUGUGUGCCUUUAGGAAAAGUGGAUCCCUGCUGCAUUGAACGCAUGAAGCAAUCUGAGGAGUAGAAAUAUGUGCAAUGGGUAAGAAAUCUAUUCAUGAAUUAAACGCAGUGAAAGAAUGCUCUUGGAUGUACAGGGGAUCCUCAGUUUACGACGUCAAUUCAUUCCUACGUGGCGAUGUAAACCGAAUUUCGGUGGAAGUCGGAAAGGUAAUAAACAAAAGAAAACAAUUCCUUACCUUUAUUCCUGUGGUUGGCUUGCACACUGGAAGGAGCAUUACAAGAGAGACGACCUAACAGUCCAAAAAUGCAUAUCUGACGCCUCUUAGGACGCCUUUACGGUGCUUACGACCCAAAACCGCUUAGGUCAAUAAAAGGCUUUAAAUAUAUUAGACGUGUGUCGUAAACACAAAACAGGAUAACUCGAGGAUGUCGUAAACCAAGGACCCCUUAUGUAAUUAAAAUAGUUGUCGCUCCUAUUUUCUGAGCGAUGUCAUUUUAACAUGAUUGUCAAGACAGUAGCUCAGAUUUGCAGGAAUGCCAUUUAGCAGAUUAUCUGAAAUAUUAAAAUGAGGGAGUAUUCAACUUACACCAUGAAGUCAUCGAUGUCCAUGGACCUUGCUCUCUUGUCACUGAAAUUAGCCUCUUGUAAGAUGCUUUCUACUUUUUUGCUGAUGCUAAAGUUCGCUGGCACCUCCUGUCAAAACGAAGCGUGCAAUGUGUCAUCAUUUCAGCCAGCGUGUCACAAAAGUAGAAAAACAUGUCGGUGUUUCAAUUUCAUUAAACUCACCACAUUGGACACAGAGCAGUGGAUUCUAUAGUUCUUCUCCAGGAGCUGCUCCACUGCAGUCGACCUGGACAUUCCAGAAUUCAAUGUGACUACAUGACUAAAUCUACAUCCAGCAUUUUUGUUGUGAGCAGUUCUCGUUUACGUGGUAGUUUUGCAAUGUAAAAACCACACUCACUUGAAUGCAGCGUUGAGGGUUUUAUUCUUUCUUACGAAGGCUAUUCUGACCAGGCCAUCCCACUCCUGAACAGAAGCCAUGCAUUGUUAAAAUAUCCACUUUUGUCUUGUAAAACACCGGUGUCAAACUCAAGGCUCGGGGCCCAGAUCCGGCCCACCAUAUCAUUUUAUGUGGCCCGUGAAAGCAAACCAUAUCUGUGAACUUCCAUGACCCUUGCUAAAAUCUGUACCAAAAUGUUUGUCAUGUGUAAUAAAUAACAUUUUGCAAGAA